AUGCUGUUCAUCCCUAUCGCCGCCGUCGCCCUCGCGCUCACCGGCACCGCUGCCGCCGCGGGCCAUGACGCCAAGCCAGCCCGUGGCCACUAUCGCCGUUCCAGCCUCCGCGCUGAGCGCGAGAUUGAGGCUUCGGGCAACCAGACUCUUGCCAAGCGCUCAUACUCGGGAACCGGUACCUACUACUAUGUCGGUGUCGGCGCAUGUGGUGACACUUCCGUGGACACCGACUACCUCGUCGCGCUGAACACCGACCAGUACGGCAGCGGUUACCCGGGCCCCGAGUGCUGGAAGACUGUUUCCAUUACUGCCAACGGCGUCACUGUCAGCAACGUUCCUAUCCUUGACGAGUGCCCUACCUGCGACUAUGGCUCGCUCGAUCUCUCGCCUAGCCUUUUCGAGCAGUUUGCCGAGCUCUCUGUCGGCACUCUGUCGAUCACCUGGAACUACGACAGCAGCAGUGACACCACCACCACCUCGUCCAAGACCACGUCGACCUCCGUGUAUGUGGCUCCCUCGACGUCGUCGACCUCGCAGUACACCCCCACUUCGACCUAUGUGGCACCCACCAGCACCUACAUCCCGCCGACCUCGACCUCGACCUCGUCGACUUCGGUGUACACUCCCCCCUCGACGUCCGAGACUCCCACGUCUACCGUGCAGUCGAGCACGACGGAAAGCUCGAGCACGAUCGUCACGACCUCGUCUGAGCCCCUCUCGUCGACCAUUGCCCUCAACUCGACCUCGUCGGCGGUCCUCAGCUCGACUGCUGCUGGAAACCUCACUGCGUCAGUCACUGGCUACAACGUGACGGCCAACUCCACUGCCACUGCCGUCCCCGCAGCUGCCACUGGAAACAACACUGUCGUGGUCACCGAGACCUCGAACUCGAACGACACCGUAUCGGACUCGGCCUGGGUCGCGGUUGACGAGCUCGUUGUCCAGCUCGGCAAGAUGAUCGUCGCGGGUGCGGGCUCGUCGUAA